GCCAUGGGAGGGCAGAGUGGAAGGAAAGACCAAGAAUCUGACUCUGCUGCCCACCUGCCUCUCCCCAGGGCCACCGCUUCUGUGAUGGGAACCCGGCUGGACCAGGUACAAUAUUUGGGCCAGCCCCUCCUUUCCCCCUGGUUCCUCCUGAAGCAGGCCUUGGUGCUGCACAGCCGCCCUGCCCCACACCCGGUGGGCUUCGUCAGAAGUCUUUGGGUGGAGCUGGCGCAUCUAGAGCCCACUGAGGCCCAGGGGGAAGAACCACCUCCAGAGCUCAAGCGCACUCCAGAGCCGGAGGAAGGGCCUGCUCCUGGGCUAGAGCCUGGUCCAGCUGUGGGGGUGCUGGAGCCAUCUGGACCACCAGCUCUGAUCCGAAUCCCAACAGCAGAGCCAGCUCCACCCCCAACAACUGACUACCCCCGGGCUGGGACCCCUAAGCACCUUAUAAGGGAGGAGAAGGUUAACACCCUGACCUUCCCUCCAAGACUGGUGGCCGAGCAACUGACAGCAAUGGAUGCGGAGCUGUUCAAGAAGGUGCUGCCCCACCAGUGCCGGGGCUCCGUCUGGUCCCAGCGGGCCAAGCCUGGCAAGGAGCAUGUGGCCUCCACUGUCAGUGCCACCGUCAGGCAGUUCAAUCGUGUGGCCACCUGUGUGAUCACCACCUGCCUUGGGGACCCAAGCAUGAUGGCCCGGGACAGGGCCAACGUGGUGGAGCACUGGAUGAAGGUGGCCAAGGAGUGCAGAAUCCUAAGAAACUUCUCCUCCCUGCACGCCAUCCUGGCUGCUCUGCAGAGCAUGGCUGUCCAUCGAUUGAAGAAAACAUGGGGGAAAGUUUCCAGGUGCGUAGGCCUCUCCCAUCAGAGGAGGCAUGGGGAGGUGUCACCCAAAUGUCUCCCACUGUCCCCUCACCUCCUGGGAGGCAGCCAACCCUGGGGACAUGGACUGGGCUGGUGGGCGGGGUGAC